AUGCCUCAUUGCUAUUUCUUCCAGUCCGAUGAUCAGCGUGGCCAGUGGGCCGAAGAACUUGACCAUUUUAAGCGCGCGUUUGCUGCUGAUUAUGGUGCUGCUGUGGACAGGCUUCGUAGAAGCGGCAAGAGUCUCCCUAAGCAAUGGACUGAUUUGGCUCGAGAGUACGCAUUGGCAUGUCUUCAAGACCCGCUGAUACUCAAGACGCUCGGGUUUGACGCCUCUGAUGCGUUGAACGAGGAAUUUCCGGAGCUUCGCGAACUCGAGGACACUUGUCAGGAGUGGUUCCGUAGUCACUUCGACAGCCGCUCGGAGAAACGUGCAUGGUGGAAUGACUUGAGCCAGAUUGGAUUUGAUCUGAUCGCCCACAAGUGCCCUUCUGAGGUAAACGUCAGCGUUGCUGAUAGUAUAAGCAUAUUGGAUAAUGCUGACGAUGAGGCCGAGAGCAGCGAUGACGCGCUACUUGCGAAGUCGGAUUACAGCUUGAGCUUCUACGAGGACUGCUAUGAAGAAUUCAAACGGGCCCGAACUCAUGAACAAGCGCGCGACAUCGGCGAUCAGAGCACCGACAAGAGCUCACUCGUUCAUCGAUGGUUGAUGACUUCUGGACUAGAACUACCAUUCACGGCCGAGCCUGAAGAGCUUUCGGGCGAUGAUGAAUCGAGGGCGCCUCUCGAUAACGAGAUUUCGAUGUCGAAUAUCAGUUCACUAACACUCGGAUCCGAGUCUGGUAUCAUUACUGUGGAUACUGACGCCGUGAUUGAUCGCUUGAGACGGCGAAUUGCACCGCCAAGACAAAACCGGUACUGA